AUGAUUCCACAAUUUGAUCGACAUAUAGAUGAACCGGUUCCGAUAUCGUGGCCGCACCACGGAACGAUAUCGUUCGAAAAUGUGUCGUUGCGUUAUGAGAACCAGACCGUGAACAUUGUUACGAAUUUAAAUUUACGGAUUCCGGCCGGUCAAAGAUUGGGUAUUUGUGGACGUAGCGGUAGUGGAAAAUCAACGCUUGCAAUGGCAUUGUUUCGUGUGGUUGACAUCGUUUCGGGCCACAUUUUUAUCGAUGAUGUCAAUAUUGCAACAAUUCACACAGACGAGAUACGAACCCGAUUAUCAAUAAUACCGCAAGAUGUGAUGUUAUUUAAUGGCACGAUACGUGAAAAUCUCGAUCCAAGCAACCACUAUACGGAUUUAGAUUUAUGGAAUAGCUUGGAAAUGGCCCAAUUAAAACCGGUUAUUGUUUCGAUGGCUGCCGGUCUUGAUACACACAUUGUCGAUAAUGGCAGCAAUGUAUUUAGUGGCGGCGAAAAACAAUUAUUUUGUUUAGCAAGAGCUGUGCUAAGGGGUUCAGUUUGUCUAGUAUUAGAUGAAGCGACUAGCUCAUUGGAUGCAUCAACUGAAUUAGCACUAUUGGAGGCGGCAAAUAAAGCAUUUCAUGGUCGAACCAUUAUCACAAUUGCUCAUCGAUUAACAACCCUCUUGAACUACGACCGAAUUAUUGUCAUGGAUAAUGGUAAUAUUGUUGAGGAAGGAACACCCAAUGAACUUCGGCACAAAUGCGCUGGAAAAUUUGCUUCAAUGUUAUACUCAUCCAUUCAGAGCCACGACUCUUACUUACCUGAUGAAAAACUUUAAGGAACAUAUCCAAUAGAGCCGAUGGAGUGGUCAUAUUUCAGCCAACAGUAUUUUAGCAAACAUACCGUUUUGUGUUGUUUUAACACUUUUCAUAAGUUGUCUCGUAUAACUACUAUGCCAAAGCAUUUUGUGUCAUAUUUCUCUUUAUGGUAUUUUUUUUUGUCAAUUUAAGUUGUUUAGUCGGCUUUGUAUCGAUAUUGUAAUUAUUGGUUAAUGUAUAACGCUAAGAAACUAUUUAAAACAAUGUU